AUGGGUGAAUAUAUCAAAAAGACCAUGGACCCAUACGCGUGCCCUAUCUGGAUCCACACAGAGCGUUACAAGCGCUGGAGUCAGCAGCCCUGGUAUAAAGAUGAUGAUCGCUCUGCUGUGCAGCUAGUUAGUCUAGCUGAUGAUGAAGGCUGGCCCUGGGGCUUCUUCAUCUACCGCACGGUCUACACCCCUGAGUCUGAUCAGGUCUGGUCUGCCUGUCUGGAGAAAAUCGACCGCUAUAUCCACUGGGAAAUUGACCAUGUUGAUGGUGACCGAUAUGCAGGGGCUGAGGAUCAUAGCUUUCCUGAGAGGCUUGUCCAUGAGGGGUACAAAAAUGUUAUCCUUGAGGAUAAGGAAUGCUGGGAUGGUGCAUCAAUUGAGCAGAUUCGUGAGGAUUUUAAGAACCUUAUUGCAUCUCGGGGUGCUAGGAUAGGGGAGGUCGUGCCUCGGUACACAGUGUGUCUGGUCAUUGAUCAGCAUUGCUUAGAUUCAAUUAUGAAUGCUUUUGAGGAGCCAGCGGAGAGCAUGCACGGGGGUGGGCCAAGGAUGGGAUUUAUUACCAUGGUUGAUCCUAUGUUUAUACCAGGGAAGUUUGAGGGUUAUUAUGGGUUUAUGCGAGUUGAGAUUGACACGCUUUGGUGGCUAACGGUAGAGUUGUGCUCAUCAAGUUCGAUGAGAGACAUCUGUCCAAAGGUGCAACCAGGCAAGAUACCAGUUUACAAUGCCGACCUGGGCUAUGCGGAUGAUGAUCCGUCAUGGACUGGACCUAGGCCGGUAACACCCAUUACUCACCGGUCAACAUGUAAAGGGGACUGUCGUGAGCAUUUGGGGAUGCAGCAAUGA